AUGUACCAGGACUGGUUACGCGGGGACCUGGUGGAGCCGGUGACAAAAGAGGAGAUUUUCAGGCAUGUGAAGGACAUUCAGGACCCUGAGUAUCCAUUGACUUUGGAGCAGUUGUCGGUGGUGGAUCGAGACUGUGUCGAAUACGACGAGCCACGCCGAUUCUGCACAGUAACCUUCACACCCACGGUGCCUCACUGCAACCAGGCGACCGUGAUAGGUUUAAGUCUACGGAGUGAGUUGAGUCGUGUAUUGCCACGCGAUAUUGCCACCGCAGUAGCAAUAAAGCAAGGGUCGCACAAUUCGGAGAAAAGCAUAAACAAGCAAUUGGCCGAUAAGGAACGCGUCGCGGCUGCCAUGGAGAACGCCGCCGUCACUACGCUUCUCAACCGCUGCGUAAAAGACUCCACCAAACUCCCCUUCUGUGACAACGCCUCGGGCCCCCCGACGGACGGUGAAGAACCUAUAGACCUCGACUUUUAUGCACGCGCCGUCAUGUUCUAA